AUGCCGGCAUCUCUGAACCUAUCCUCGAGCGGUAGCAACGACUACAAGUUCAUCAUCGACCUACCGACUCCAUCCUCCACUGCGGCUUGCACGCCGACAAUGGGAGAGUUUGAUGUUGAACCGGCGGCCGAAGACAACGAUGCAUUGGAGGCGCAACCCUCGAAGGAGCGUGAGCAGGCUCCUCAGCCCCUUGGAGCAAAACAAACGGUGAGCUCCCUGCUCGCUGUGCUUGCAUCUCAGGCCCAGCAGAACAGUGUUUUCUCCAGCGAAUCCUCCAUAAUCAACUAUAUGUACAGCAACGCCAUCACACCUGCUGAUGUCGAGGUCCUCAUUCCUGCGAUGAUCAACAACUUCAACAUCAUGGACAAGCUGGCCUUGAACAUUGGUUGGAAUCAUUUCCGUGGGUAUAUUUCCGAGAUCGAGAUUGAUCAGAUUCUCGCGCACAUCCUUGCGAAAGGUGACUACCAAAAUCUUAUGUUCGAAGCUACCAAAGCACAGAUCGAGCUACACCGACCACGACAUCAUCCACGCGACGCCAACGCCAAAGCCAAGGAGCAUGCAAAGAAGGCUGCACGGGAGUCUCAAAAUCGCCGCAAGAAUAUGCCGGCCAUAUAUAAACAGCCAAGCGUAGCAGGAACGCUACCGUAUGGCUGCACGACCCUCGCAGAUGUCUACGCCGAUGUGUACGGCAUGACGUGGUCUCAAGUGCUACAGAUCAGCGACAGGACCAAGGCAUCUUCGAAAGGUAAGAUCAAGAUCAAGAUGAACAAGUCUGGUUCCUUGAACUCUUCCUCCGCUGCAUCGGCUCCUAGUUUCUUUUCCCAGACUCGUUUGCACAACGGUCCUGGGCUGACCGAUAAGCGCAAGCCCAUUGUCCGCUUACCACAGGCACAAGACCUGGCCAAGGUAGAGUCGAAAAAGGCUGAGACGGAAAAGGUUGAGUCGAAAAAGGUCAAGUCGAAAAAGGCUGACUAUGAUUUCCUGUGGGCGAAGACAAGGUCUUCACCAGACCUCCUUGGAAGGAAGAAAUGUGAGGUUAUAGUUGUGAAGCUACCACCGCAGAAUUGA